AUGGUUGAAACAUCUAAGAUCAUCCCAGAGCUGAACGGGAAGCUCACGGGCAUGGCCUUCCGUGUUCCUACCCCCAAUGUGUCUGUCGUGGAUCUGACAUGCCGCCUGCAGAAACCUGCCAAGUGUGAUGACAUCAAGAAGGUGAUGAAGCAGGCAUGGGAGGGCCCACUGAAGGGCAUCCUGGGCUACGCUGAGGACCAGGUUGUCUCCUGCAACUUUAACAGCGACCCCCACUCUUCCGCCUUCGAUGCUGGGGCUGGCAUUGCUCUCAAUGACAACUUUGUGAAGCUCAUUUCCUGGUACGACAAUGAAUUUAGCUACAGCAACAGGGUGGUGGACCUCAUGGCCUACAGGGCCUCCAAAGAGUAA